GUCACAAUUCUACUCAAACAAAGCCACCGGACCUUCCCUACAUUUAACCAGUCUUUCUGUUUUGUUCCACUUCCAACACCAAACCCUUCUCUUCUUUGUUCUUAUUUCUCACACCCAAGAGCUAAGAACUCAUCUUUCUCUCCUCAAAUCUCAACCCUUUUCUCUUGAUCCACCACCUAAGCCUCUCCUCCCUUCCCUUCGCCUCUCAAUCAACCACAAUGGGCAAGGGUGGAUCUCUCAGCGAUAGUGUCUUGAAGAAGAUCCUUCUCUCCUACACCUAUGUCGCCAUCUGGAUCUUCCUCUCCUUCAGUGUCAUUGUUUACAACAAGUACAUCCUCGACAAGAAGAUGUAUAAUUGGCCGUUUCCCAUCUCCCUUACCAUGAUCCACAUGUCCUUCUGUGCCACUCUCGCUUUCCUUGUCAUCAAGGUCUUCAAACUUGUUGAACCCGUUUCCAUGUCCCGGGAUCUCUUCUUCUCCUCCGUCCUACCCAUUGGUGCUUUGUAUUCUCUAAGCCUUUGGCUUUCUAAUUCUGCUUACAUCUACUUGUCGGUUUCCUUUAUUCAGAUGCUCAAAGCUCUCAUGCCGGUCGCCGUCUAUUCGAUCGGGGUUUUGUUCAAAAGAGAGAGCUUUCAGACCGAUACUAUGGUCAACAUGUUGUCGAUCUCUCUCGGUGUCGCUGUUGCAGCGUAUGGGGAAGCAAGAUUUGAUACCUGGGGUGUUGUCCUCCAACUGGGUGCUGUUGCUUUUGAGGCCACUAGACUGGUAUUGAUUCAAAUAUUGCUUGCAUCUAAGGGGAUAACACUCAAUCCUAUUACUUCCCUUUACUACGUCGCGCCUUGCUGUUUAGUUUUCUUGUUUGUGCCUUGGAUUUUUGUGGAAUACCCUGUGUUGAGGGAGACUUCGAGCUUUCAUUUUGAUUUUGUCAUCUUUGGAACCAAUUCUUUCUGUGCUUUCGCCUUGAACCUUGCCGUGUUUUUGCUUGUGGGGAAGACUUCUGCUUUGACGAUGAAUGUAGCUGGUGUGGUGAAGGAUUGGUUGUUGAUCGCCUUCUCCUGGUCUGUCAUCAAGGAUACAGUGACCCCAAUCAACUUGUUUGGAUAUGGGCUUGCAUUUUUGGGUGUUGCUUAUUACAAUCAUGCCAAAUUGCAGGCAUUGAAGUCUAAGGAGUCUCAAAAGAAGGCUCAACAAACCGAUGAAGAAGCUGGAAGGUUGUUGGAGGAGAGGGACGGAGAAGGAACUGGGAGGAAAAGUGAAUCACAAAACUAAUCUGUUAUUUAAGAGAGAUAAUUUUAGAUAUAAAAUUGGAUGGAGAGUAUUGGAAAUAAGAGCAAAAUGGAGGCAAGAUAGCACCGGGAUUUGGUAUUGGGGGCAAAAGAAAUGGAGGGUGUCUCAGAUUUCUUUUGCUCAUUCGGUACUGUUUUUUUUAGGUUCAUGUUGGUUAUGCUAGUUAUGUUAGGGAUCUGGGAUUCCCUUCUCAGAUGCCCUGUAUUUUGUUUUUGUCUUUUUUCUUUUGCCUUUUUUUUUUCCGUUUAUAUUACCCGUGUUUAUUUAGGAACAUCUUUAUUCAUGGAGUUUUAGUGCUUCUUUAUUCAUAUAUUUUCUUCUUUUCCA